GAAAAAAAUGACGCUGUAAAAUUAGCAACUGGCAUGUUUGUUGAAAAAUCAUUCAACAUAAAGCAAAGUUAUGUAGAAAAAGUCUUGAAAUAUUUAAAUUCAUCCGUAGAUGAGUUAGAUUUUAAAAGUCAACCAGAAAACCAACGGAGUUACAUUAAUCAAUGGGUGGAAAAUAAAACUAAUGGAAAAAUAAAAAAUCUUUUCCCAAGUGGGUCUAUUGAUAAAGACACCUCUUUGAUAUUAGCGAGUGCAUUACAUUUUAAAAAUAACUGGGAAGAUGAUUUUAAUACUGCUGUGGAUGAACUAUUUUACUUGGCAGCCGGACAAUCAGUAACUACAAAAAUGAUGCACUUGAACGAAAAUUUGAAAUAUUAUCAUGAUAGUGAUUUAGAAUUGUCUGCAAUUGAAUUGCCUUAUAUUAAUUAUGACUACAAAAUGAUGAUUUUGUUACCUGAUGCUAAAGAUGGAUUGUCUAAAUUAGAAAAUAACUUAUCAAAAAUAAAAUUAUUUGAGAUUUCCAAAAAGAUGUCAACUUAUACUGUUGACGUUAAAAUGCCAAAGUUUAAAAUCGAGCAAGAAUAUAACCUGGUUGACGUAUUGAAUAAACUCGGUUGUUCAUCAAUGUUUUCAUCAAAUGCUAACUUUUCUGAAAUAUCUGAUGGUCCUAUUGUUGUAAAUGAUGUUUUACAUAAGGCUUUUAUUGACGUUGACGAAAAAGGAACUGAAGCUGCUGCUGCAACGGGCUUGAAAAUUGUUCCAAUGAGUGCACUCAUAGCACCAAAUGCCCAAUUCUAUGCAGAUCAUCCAUUCAUAUUUGCAAUUAUGACGCGUAAGAAUGAUAUCCUUUUUAUGGGUAACCUCAAAAAACCUUCAAAUUAAUAUUCCUUU